AUGAAGACUCAAAAAGGAAGAUUUGUGGCUGAGCUUAUAUCAGCUAGAAAAACUAAGAAGACUGCUGGUAUUGGUCCCUCAAAAUCUUGGAGCAAGGUUGAAGUGAAGAAGAGGAAGGUUAGAGAAGAUUUUGAAUCUGAAGAGGAUGUUGAGAAAGAUGUCCCUGACAUCUCUCCUGUGAAGAAAACCACUGUGAGGAAGUCUUCUGGUAAAGUUGUUGUUGUGCAUUUGGAUAAUAUUUCUUUCCAUCUUGAGGAUGGAGCUGCCAAAUGGAAAUUUGUGAUUCAAAGAAGGGUGGCUGUGGAAGGGGAGUUAGGAAAGGAUGUUGUUGAAGUCAAGGAGUGCUAUGAGGGUUUAGUUAAGGAAUUCAUUGUCAACAUUCCUGAGGAUAUUGCUGAUAAGAACAACAGGGAAUUUUGCAAAGUGUUUGUGAGAAGUAAGUGUAUCACAUUCUCUCCCACCGUCAUUAACAAUUUUCUGGGAAAAAAAGUUGAGGGUACAUGUGAAUUGGAAGCUACAGACAAUAAGGUCUGUAGAGAAAUUACAGCUAGGCAGGUGAAAGGGUGGCCUAUUAAGAAGCAUCUUCCUGCUGGGAAGUUAACUGUCAAGUAUGCUAUAUUGCAUAAAAUAGGAGGUGCAAAUUGGGUGCCUACCAACCAUAUUUCCACAAUUGUUAAUACCCUUGGAAGAUUUAUUUUUACUGUUGCAACCAAAAUGAAUUUUGACUAUGAUUCUAAUGAAUUACCAAGUAGAAGAAAACCUGCUUUGUCUGUGCAUUAUAAACUGUUUGAAGGCAGUCAUAUCGAAGACAGUGUCAUGACAUCUGCCAUGAAAAAGCCAGCCUCAAAAGUUGGAACUAUUGUUGAGAUGAAGGAGACUUGUAAAGAGCUGGGUGAAGGGAUAAGGGUAGCAACAACUAGGAAACAAUCGUUGGAAGCAUUGAUUGCAAGCUUGAGGCAAGCUAAAGGUGAAAAUAUUGAUCAUGCUAAGGAAGCUGAAGCCCACACCUCUAGUGAGAGGUCUGCAACUAAUGAUGAGACAAGUGGCAAUUCUAUUUCUAGUGCUGAUGAAGCUGCAAGCUCAAGCUCCUCUAAUUAG